AUGUCAAGAAAUCCGGUCAAUGAGACUUCACGGCGCCGGUGUGUCCAAGACCCACGUUCCCGUAGUCCUCUAACAGGAAGCUGGCACCUUCACCGACGAGCCACCAGAGCGACGGCGCUCACCUGGGGUUCUACCGCACCAGAGAUCCAACCGAACCGCAACGAGAGAGAAAGGUACCACCUUGACGAUGACAGACGCUUACUCCUCCGUCUUGAUGAUCAGGAAUAUGUGCAAAUAAUGGGAUCACUGAUGUGCGAGAAUUGCAAUAUGACAAGAGCCAUUGUUCAUUGUGAGGAUCAUUUGGCUAGGUUUUGUUUUCAGUGCGACUUGACUUUGCACUAUGUGACUGUGGAUAGUCCCGAUCACUCGCGGUUUCUGCUGUGCAAUAACUGCGUUUCGCAGACCGCGGCUGUCCAGUGCCAUGACCAAGGAUUGUCCCUAUGCCAAACAUGUUUUUCAAAUGCCAAUGACGCCUCGCGUAUUCUUCUUUGUAACGUUUCUAAUAAUAAUUCGGGUUAUAGUUUUUCACCACUUUUCGAUCUUGAUUCCUCUUCCUCGUCUUCUUCAUCUUCUUUCAUUGAUCCCAAUUGGGGAUCUCCAUUUGUCCCGUUACCUCCCAAUUAUGGAGACUCAUCAUCAUCUUUUGGAAUUUUUCAAAAUUUUGACAAUUAUACAAAGAAUAGUAGUGAUCGUCAAGUGCAAAAGCUUCAACCCGAUUAUUUGGACAUUCCUAAGGUAUAUUCUUAUAGUUAAUUACAACGGGAUUGGGAUUUUUAUAAUUUUAUGAUGAAUUUCUUAUUUCGAUUCGAUGUGUCUUUGUGCAUGGGUCACUUUACGCAGGAUAGUUCAUGUUCAGGCUUCGAUUCUUACGAAACUAAAGAGAUAGAGAACAUCUGUUUGAGCAAUUUUUACGACUACAAGGCACUAUUCGACCUAAAAGAAUGUUUCACCGGGGACGAGUUGAUCCUAACUGAUCAGAUAAUAAUCAAUAAAAUAACGAAACACAAUGCAGAUACCAAGGCAGAGGUAUUAAUAAACAUCAACUUAAAUCUAUAUAUUGAUGUUUUGAUCAAUUAAUUUUACGAUUGACUAUUUUUGGGUAUAGCAGGUUCUACCAUCUUUGUCAUCGGUUAUGUCAUCAGUAACACAUAAAGAUUAUAACACUGAAGCUUUGGCUGAUGCAAGUUGUGAAGAUUACAAGAAGAAUCAAAUGAUUUGCGCAAAGGCAAAGGAAGAGAUCAACAGUAAUGUGGAAAUCUUCCCAAAGGCUUUUACUCAACUUGAUUGUGGCCCAUCGCAGUUGAUUUUGACAGAUGUCCAUGAUAUGUCACUAUGGGACGAUCAAACACCUGCAUCUCGUGCAUAUGAUCCGCAAGCACGAUUAGAAGCAUUGAAGAGAUAUUUCGGAAAGAAGGAGAAACGCAAGUAUGAAUUAUUAUGAUUUUUGAUGAAUUAAAUAUAUUGAAUUUUCAGUAUAGAUAUAACUCCAAGGAAGAUGCUAGGUAUGUAUAUUCAAAAUCUCAAGGUUAUAAUGCAUUCAUGCAGGUUUGGGAAGCAAAUUAGAUAUGAAUCUCGAAAAUCUACAGCUGAUACGAAGAGACGAUUGAAAGGAAGAUUUACAAAGGCUGGUGCAGAUUAUGAUUAUGAUCCACGAGCAAAUAAUAAUAGUAAAGAGACUAAUAAAUUCAUGACCUAAUAAAAAGAUGGUUGCGAUCAUGUGAUCAUCAUCGUUAUGGACGUAAACGUUCGCUCGACCAAACGCAAGAAGCAGAAGAUAGUACAAGGGAUUUGAUUGCUCAUGACUUUUUAAAUAGAAGUUCGUAUCCCAAUUUGUAGUGAUCGAAAGACUAGCAUUUUUUUUUAACGCAAACUAAUUCAUUCAUUCGAAGUUAGGUCUCGGCCAUAAAAACCUCAGCAACCACCAAACAUUGUUUCGCUAAGUUGUCAGCAACCGCAUUAACAUCAGGGUUUAUCCAAUAAAAAGAAACAGAGAUAAAUCUAGAGGAUAGGAGGAUGAUGUCUGAGACAACUCCAUAAACUUCCAACGGGAUCUUCACUUCGUUUAUGGCAUUUAUCAGCUGAGAUGAAUCAGAUUCAAAGCAGACAGAGUCCAAACCCAAUUCAAUGCAUUUUGCCAUAGCUUCUCUCAUUGCAAUGCUCUCCGCAACCAGGGGAGAGUGGACAUUCAGCUCAAAGGCAGAGAAACUAAGAGGCAUGCUUCCAUCAAUGAUGUUCUACCCGAGACCAGCAAUACUUCCAGAAGCUUUCCAGGCCGCAUCUGUCCUGCAUUUUACUCUCUCUCUUCUCUUUUUCUUGCUGGGACUAGCUUCCUUUUUUGUAGUUGUGUCUUCGCUUGUCCAUUCUGCCAUUCUCUUGCCCCUGCAAUCGCUUUAGUAAGGAUAUCUUCCGGCUUCGAGGUUCUGUUGUUGAACAAGAGGUUGUUGCGAGAUAUCCAAAGCGACCGGAGGAUCCAGGGGGAGAGGUUUCCCGUAACUAGACCUGUCGGGGGUAAGCAGGUGAGAUUCUUCAAGUGUUCCCAGCAUUCCAUAAAAUCUAUAAUUCCGCUACUGUCAAAGCCAGGGUUGAAAGGAGCAGCGAGCCACAUAUCUUUCGCAAACUGGCAGUGGAACAGAAGAUGAGUUAUAGAUUCAGGUUCUCCACAUCUCUUGCAUCUUGAGUCGACGUGAAUAUGUCGAUCGGCCAGUCUUGUUCCCACUGGGAGGGCUCUACGCAGAGCUUUCCAUACAAACAUUUUGAUUUUUGGUGCAGUGUUCAGACCCCAAACGCUUUUGUUCCAGUUG